AUGAAAUUGUCUAUAGUCUAUGGUAUACUGUUGUACACCAUAGCAGCACAAGCAGCUUUUAUUCCAGACCAAAUUAACUUCUUCAACGGUAUUCAUGACAAAUUGUACGUAAAGAAGUUUAUCUCAAAGGCCAUCACUUCAUUGGGUUUGGACGUAUCCAUCACAGAUAUCCCUAGCCAUGUUUUAGACUACUGGUAUAAUAUCCCAAAGGCGGACUUAUUGAAUAUACAGUUCACCUCCUCUCCAAAGGGUAACAUCAUCUCAAAGGAUGUAGAGAACUGGGAUGAUUCUUUGAUGAAUUACUAUGACAAUGAAUUGUACCAAUUGCGUGUUAAUAAGGUGAAGGACCCUCAAGUCUUGGGAAUUGACCCAGAUGUAAAGCAAUAUUCAGGGUAUUUGGACGUUAAGAACAAAGAUAAGCAUUUCUUCUAUUGGUUUUUUGAAAGUAGAAACGAUCCUGCUAAUGACCCAGUUAUCUUAUGGUUGAACGGUGGUCCAGGCUGUUCCUCAAUGACAGGUUUGUUCUUCGAAUUGGGCUCCUCUUCUAUCGACAAAGGUUUGAAACCAGUUCACAACCCUUUCUCCUGGAACUCUAACGCUUCUGUCAUCUUCUUGGAUCAACCUGUCAACGUAGGUUUUUCAUAUUCUGAUAAACCUGUCUCUGACACAGUUGCUGCCGGUAAAGAUGUCUAUGCCUUCCUGGACUUAUUCUUCAGACAAUUCCCUCAAUACAAGAACAAUGGCCAAACUUUCCAUAUCGCUGGUGAAUCCUACGCUGGUCACUACAUCCCUGUAUUUGCUGAGGAAAUCCUAAAAUACUCUCCUUCUGAAAGAUCCUUCAAUUUAUCCUCUGUCAUGAUCGGUAACGGUUUGACCGAUCCUCUAAAUCAAUACGCAUUCUACGAACCAAUGGCCUGCGGUAAAGGUGGUGCCCCACCUGUUUUGAACCAACAAGAAUGUGCCAACAUGCAUCAAUCAUUGGACCGUUGUCUAUCGUUGAUCAACUCCUGCUACGAAAGCGAAUCCGUUUGGUCUUGUGUUCCAGCAUCCAUCUACUGUAACAAUGCUCAAUUGGGACCUUACCAACGUACUGGUAAGAACGUUUACGACAUAAGAAAAGACUGUGAAGGCGGUAACUUGUGCUAUCCUCAAUUGCAGUACAUUGACGAUUUCCUAAACCUAAAGAAGGUUCAAUCAGCAUUGGGCGCAGAAGUAGACAAAUUCCAAUCCUGUAACUUCGACAUCAACAAGAACUUCCUAUUCAAUGGUGACUGGAUGAAACCAUACCAAAAGUCUGUCACUAAACUAUUGAACAAAGGUCUACCAGUCUUGAUCUACGCCGGUGACAAGGAUUUCAUCUGUAACUGGUUAGGUAACGAAAAUUGGACUAAUCAAUUGAAAUGGCAAUUCUCAACCCAAUACAAGAACAGUCCAACUAAAGACUGGAGUUCUGAAAGUGGGAAAGCAGUGGGAACUAAAAAGUCAUUCAAGAACUUCACUUUCUUAAGAAUCUUCGACGGUGGGCAUAUGGUCCCUUACGAUCAACCUGAAAACUCUUUACAAAUGUUAAACAGUUGGAUUCAUGGCAACUACAGAUUAUAG